AUGUACGACACACAGUUUGUUUGUGUGAUCCUGGUGUCGUCACUGGACCUGCCCUCAUCCUCGAGCACCCAGCGAAGCCUGUGGCGUUUUCUGAAGUCAUUUCUCUUCCUCUUUUUGGCUGAAAGUGAUUUUAAACUCCUGCCCCUCUCUCCCUCACCUCCCUCACCUCUUGCCCCUCCCUCCCCCCUGCCCCUCUCUCCCUCACCUCCCUCACCUCUUGCCCCUCCCUCCCUCCCCCCUGCCCCUCUCUCCCUCACCUCUUGCCCCUCCCUCCCUCCCCCCUGCCCCUCUCUCCCUCACCUCUUGCCCCUCUCUCCCCCCUGCCCCUUUCUCCCUCACCUCCCUCACCUCUUGCCCCUCCCUCCCCCCCUGCCCCUUUCUCCCUCACCUCUUGCCCCUCCCUCCCCCCCUGCCCCUUUCUCCCUCACCUCCCUCACCUCUUUCCCCUCCCUCCCCCCCUGCCCCUUUCUCCCUCACCUCCCUCACCUCUUUCCCCUCCCUCCCCCCUGCCCCUUUCUCCCUCACCUCCCUCACCUCUUGCCCCUCCCUCCCUCACCUCUUUCCCCUCCCUCCCCCCCUGCCCCUCUCUCCCUCACCUCCCUCACCUCUUGCCCCUCCCUCCCCCCUGCCCCUCUCUCCCUCACCUCCCUCACCUCUUGCCCCUCCCUCCCUCCCUCACCUCCCUCACCUCUUGCCCCUCCCUCCCUCCUGUGUCACGGACAGCGGAGGUGA